AUGAACAUGAUUAAGAAGUUCUCACAUUUGGUAAUAGCUAGUGAGUUGAGUACAGAAGCACAAAUGUGUUGUGAAGAUGCAUUAAAGGUGAUGGCUAUCGGAGUACAAGCAGCAGUUGGCGAUGUUAGUUCUACUCCAGAGCCGAACAAUGGUUCAAAUACAAAGGAUGUGGUGUUGAAUCCUGCUGGAAGAAGGAAAAAAGGUGCUGACAACAAAAGGGUACGGAAUGCAGUGGAAAAGGCUUCUCAAUGUGGUGGAAGACGCAGAAAAAAAGCAAGGCUUGCUACUGUUAGAACAAGAAGCAGUUUUUUCUUCGAUUGA